CUUUCCCCUAUAUUCCCAUUGUAAAACGCUUAAAUGGGUACAAAAUCCUCCCCCGAAAAGGCUGAUUCUUUGAAUCAACUGCCAUUUCCAACAGACUCUGAACUAUGGAGCUCUCUCUCUGUCCUCCAUAUCAUCACAAUUUCCUUCACCACUCUCUUAACUCCAUUUCCAUAUCCAGGACAAAACCCUUAAGGUGGAUUAGACCAAUAUUUCCAUGUAAAUGUUCAUCGUCCUCUUCAGAGGUUAAGGAAGAAAUUCCCGUUAUAUCUCAGGGAUACCAUGAAAGGAGAGUUCUGAUAAGUGGGUUAGUAACAGCAGCUGUCGGCUUUUAUUUUCCUUACGAGAGUGGAGCAGUAAGCACAAGUAGAAGAGCUCUUAGAGGUGCAAAAAUACCCGAGAGUGAGUUCAAAACUCUUUCAAAUGGCUUAAAGUAUUAUGAUUUUAUAGUUGGAAAAGGCGCAGAAGCUGUGAAAGGAUCUCGAGUUGCAGUUCACUAUGUGGCUAAAUGGAAGGGUAUAACAUUCAUGACAAGUAGACAGGGUCUUGGUGUUGGUGGUGGAACACCAUAUGGAUUUGAUGUUGGUCAGUCUGAAAGGGGAAAUGUCUUAAAAGGUUUAGACUUGGGUGUUCAAGGAAUGCGUGUUGGAGGACAGAGAUUGCUGAUAGUUCCCCCUGAAUUAGCCUAUGGGAGCAAGGGAGUGCAGGAAAUUCCUCCUAAUGCUACAAUUGAGUUGGAUGUUGAAUUGCUAUCCAUCAAACAAACCCCAUUUGGGUCUCCAGUUAAAAUUGUUGAAGGAUAAUAAAUUAUGUUCCACUAUUUGGUACAGUGUUUUGCAUUCUAUUUAGAUUCUUUUGAUUUUGAUAUUAUGAGUGGAUGCUUUUAAUUCAUUUGUUCUCUAAUUGUAAUUGACUGUUGUAUGUUGUAUUCUAGUAUCUGUAGUUUUACUAAUGGCUGUUAUCUGAGUAUUUUUGUUUUGUA